CGCUUUGCUGUCGAGCGAAGAGGUUGUGGCGUCGGCAGGUUCCAGGUGAUUCCAGGAUGAUCGAGGUUGUUUGCAACGACCGUCUGGGGAAGAAGGUCCGCGUCAAGUGCAACACCGAUGACACCAUCGGGGACCUCAAGAAGCUGAUCGCAGCCCAAACGGGGACCCGUUGGAACAAGAUCGUGUUGAAGAAGUGGUACACGAUUUUUAAGGACCACGUUUCUCUGGGGGACUAUGAAAUCCAUGAUGGGAUGAACCUGGAGCUGUAUUACCAAUAGAGCGGAUUUCCUUCCUUGUCCCCUGUCCCCCCUCCCCUUUUCUCCUGCUCUCAGCCCCAGCACUGGAAUGGAUGCUUGUUUUUAAAGUCCUGUUAAUAAAAACUUAGAACAGCAAAAAAAAA